AUCGGUCAGCUGGUCGGCCAUCACAUGACAUGUCAUAUGAAAACUUUUUCACUCUGACAGCGCAAAUCGACAUCGGGCCGUGCAAAUCGAAAACUUUUUACACAUUUUUCGUUUGUAGUUUUUGUUAAUUUUUGUGCGUCCACGAAGCGAUCAGAGCAACAAAAUGUUGUGGAAAUCGCUGAUUGCGUUGUGCGUCAUUGGAGUCGCCUUGGCCGAGCAGACGCCCGUUUUUCUAUGGGGCGCCAACAGCCCCCAGAAGCCGUCGCUGCUCACAGUGAAGCAAGCGGAGUUUCAACAACAUCUGGCGACUUUGCUCAAAGAUCACAUGGUUGUGGCCUUCGAGGAAAAUGGCCUAAGCAACAAGGAUUUCUUGUGUUCAAAUAACGAGGCGCAGUCGUGUUACGCCCAGUUGCAAUCCGUUAGCCCCAAAACCUACUUCACCAGCGUUGAGAACCCCACCGAGGCGCUGCGUGCGGCGGCCCAGAAGCGUGAACACAACAGCGUCGAUGCCACCGGGCAGUUGGUGAAUCCCGUCAAAUGUGAAGCGGGCACGGCACUCUUUGUCUCCUUUGAAGAGGCGGAGGCCGAGACACGUGCUGACACUCUGAAGUCACAUGAUUCGGCUAUUGCUGCUGUUAGCAAGCAGUUGGACUGCAAGGUGGCUUAUCUGUAUAUGGCUGCGCCAACUACUGCGCCCACUGUACAGCGUCGCGUGCGUCGCUGGACUGCAUCGGAGAUGACAGGCUACAGAUUCGUCUCGGGCAAUCAGUUUCAGAUUACUUUCACGGAGGUUAAGUACAAUGGUGUCAAGGUUGAGGUCACUGGUAUCUCCAUCAGUAAUAGCUCCAACAUCAAGUUCAGCGUCAGCCUGGCCACUAAAGACAGUAAGGCAAUCACCUUCGAUAUUAGCUUGGGCACCUACGAUGGUUACUAUACGCUAAGCAAUGCUGCAUAUGGCGGUCAGGCUCUCCGCACACCUGGCGUAAAUGCACCGACUACAUUCUCCUAUGCCUGCGGCAAUGCGACCUGGUCUUCGAAACCUACCGCCACCAAUAUGGUCGACAAGCUGACGUUCAGCUCGUUGCAGCUGCAGGCACCAUUCAGUGCGCAAACAGCGGACAACUUUAUCUUUGGUGAUUCGUGGGAUUGUGUUGGCUUCGUUACGCCUGGCAUUCUAAUGGGUCUGUUUGUCGUUGUCAUUCUGCUGGUUAUCGUCUUCCUGGGCCUGUGCUGGAUGAUGGAUAUAAAGACAAUGGACCGCUUUGACGAUCCUAAGGGCAAGACAAUUACGAUCAAUGCCAGCGUUGAAUAAGCAGUCACAUUAGGCAUUGCAUUAAAUCACUGUUUUCUGUUUAAAUUUCAGCAUCGGCUAAUGCACAUUAUUUCAAUAUUCAUUCCUACCGUCAGCCUAUACAUAAUAUUGUAAUCAACACAAAAAUACUUACGAAAAUAAUGUUAACUACUAAAAGAAAACAAAAAAAAAAAAAUGCUGGAAAUUAGCGCUCACAAUUUAUAAGUCAUACUAUGAACAAUUUAAGCCCACAAAGGUGAAGUGCAGUGCGGGGCGGCGUUCAUGUUCAGCAUCAAAUUCUUACCACCACUCAACACACGUGAAUCCGUCCCCGCCCCCUCACUCACCUUUGUAGCCGUUAAAUUGAUUAAUAAUUUUAAUUUUCUUUUUUCGCAUUUUUUUUUUUUGCUUGAAACGACUUUUUUAGCUGGUCUGCCACUGCAUUAUGUAAUCUUGGAUGCAGUAUUUUGUUUAAGUUAAAGUUGUAAAUUGAAGGUAUGCACAAACAACUACAUAUUAAAGACACAGUGAAAAUUGUUGAGCAUUGUGUAUGUGUGUGUGUGUAAGUUUUGUGUGUAGAUGUGUGUGUGAUUGAAUGUGUUUAUAUGCAAAUAUUUAAUUCUAAGUGUUUUUUAUUUGUCAGUAUGCGAAAAUAUAAUUUAUGCCCUUGUAUGAUAAUAUAUCAUUUAUGUACAACAACCCACUGUAUUCGAAAUGUAUGUUCGAAACUCAAACUCCCCAAUAAAGUUUUUCAAUUGUUUUACAAACAUACCAACAACAAUAAUAA